AUGCCGUUAUUAGAUAUAACUAACCCAGCGGUCAUAAUAUUUCUCAUCGAAAACUAUGAAAAGGAAAAUCGUUUGCGUCUUAACUGGAUUCAUAAACAUUGGGAGCAAAUACAACAAGCUGCGACGCUUACUCGAGAACCGACGAAUUAUUAUGAAACUGAUGUUUUUGCUCAUAACAUGGUAAGUGGUAUGGCUACAAUUACCAGAGACCAUGUAGUAGCUGGCUACAAUAGAAGAAAAACUCCUAUUCGCGACGGGACUUUCAUACCAGGCGUAAAACAUCUUCGACAUGGCCAUUCAUUGGUAGAUGUUGGACUAGGGGAUCCCAAAGAGGACGAAAGGCUAAGCAGACCUGAUACAGAUAUGUCCACUGACCCUAAAAUGCGUCCAGUAGAUCCUGUAAUAACGGAAAUAAUUUACAAAUCAAAACCGGAAUUUGGUAGAGUACAAUAUUUAAAAAAGCGUGAAAAAACUUGGCCGGAGAAGAAAUACUAUUUUGCUGAAAGUAGUAAUUUCGAGUACGGCUGGAGACUAAAAGAUAGCGAGUUGUGUCAAAAGCCGCAACAUGGAAGGUGCUGGCAUCUUACCAAAGCUUUACGUAGUAGGAGAAUAUUUUGUAAUUGUGAUGUGACAUUCGCCAUAUUAUUAUACUACGAGUUUGCUGAUUAU